AUGCCCAAAGUCGUCUCUCGAAGCAUCCCCUGUGCGGACACGGCCAACCAGCAGAACUCCCAUGAGUACCGCGACGAGACCGCUCUGAUCGUCUACGACUGCCUCUGCGGCCAAAUGUGCCUGAUCACCGACACGCCGAUAAAGCGACUUCCACUUCGUCUGAAGGACGGCGCCCGGGUCCUCGACCCCGCCCGAACCACUUUCAAACUGUACCUGGCUCAGGCAAAGUCUGAGGACGUCGUCUACCUGAGCACCAGCACUUCAGAACAAAACUCCUCCUCUUCAGAUCAGUUCAUCGAGCGACAGUUCGUGCAAAAAUGCGCCCGAUGCUCUCUGCCCAUCGUCUACCGGAGCACGCCGCUUCCAAAGACACAACUCCCUGGUCAAUCUGCGGAUCAAAACGCCAUUCUCUUCAUCCUCGAUGGGGCGCUCGUCGCGCGAAAGGUCGUCGAUCCGAGCAAGCCCGGAUUCAGCGGUGGUCGUGGAGGUAACUAUCGAAACUCUUCCGAUACUUACCAGAAAUCGCGCGUCAACAUCACCAAGAAGGACAUGGGCAAGUUCAGCUCGGUGACCAUCAGCACGGUGGACGAGGAAGAGGACGAGAUUGAGGAGCGAGAGGUGGCCGACUCUUAUGCGGCCAAUGCGCGCAUAAUUGAGCGCAACUUGAAGCGCAAGAAGCUGGGCAAUCCGGGAAGAGUAGACGCUGACAAGUCAGCUACGGGAGUUGCGGGAGCUUCUGGAGCAGCAGUGGACAUUGUGACUCAGACGACUGAAGCUGUUCAAGAGUCAGAAAGAGCCAAGCGUCAUAAAGUGGGGACGCUCAUUGAGUGA